AUGGCGACAGCUUCUGCAAAAACCAAUUCCAUUGUCCCUCCGAUAGUUCCACCGUCAGUAUCCGAAUGGAGACAAAAGUUUCCAGCAAGUCUUUCUGGUACAAUUUCAUUUCUUCAAAUUGUGCUGUCCAUUAUCAUUAUUGGAUGCGAAGUCGGUAGCAUUCUUAUUGAUAUUAUCACUGUGACAAUUUAUGUUGGUCUCUGGGCCGGUUUAUUUUUUCUUGUUGCAUCAUUUUCACAAUCAGGUUCAUCAUACUGUUGUCGUGAACGUGGCUGUGCUAAUUUUUCACUUUUAUCACAAUGUCUGGCUCUAUUUUUCUCGCUUUGUGUCAUUGGUUUUGAUGCUUAUUUUCUAAUCAAUACUAGCGCAUGUUUCUUUACAACGUCAACAUGUAAUAGUACAGGCUCAUCACGCGGCGUAUUUUAUUCAACAUCAAAUUUUAACAACAUUAAAAUACCACUAAUCGAAGGACAGUUAGGAGCUGGUUGUGUGAUGUUUGUUUUAUGUCUGAUUCAAAUAAUAAUAUAUAUACGCACAGCUUUUCUGAUUAAUCAAGCUAAAAACAGCCCGACUGUUCAUCCAAUAGUGCCAAGUCUUUUACCUGUAGUACCAACAGGACCCGAUGGUAUGAUAAUUGCUCCACCAAUCAUGAAUGUUCGUACACAACGAGCUGGUUCUCCAUUGUAUCAUCGUCCAACAAUGGUUAUUGAUAAUGGUGAUGGUCGCUCCAAUGACCUAACGUGUCCUACUUGCACUACAACAAUGUCUGUAACUGUACGAAAGAAAAUGGCAGGACUGUAUCCGACUUAA